UCUCAGCAUUCUUACAACAGCUUUUUCUGGCAGGAUGUGGCCAAGGACCCUGGCUUGACUAGCACAGUGAAUCAGCUUGAAGUCAAACAUCGACAGUACUUUUUCAUAAACGUUUUCAUAAACAAGUUUGAGGGAUCUUGCCUUCAUCUCAUUUUGGACUGUUUUUUUGAUGUGAGUAGUGAUGGCUUGAAGCCAGUCACCAUAACCUAAGUAGUUUUGAGUGAUUUUUUUUUUUCUUUUAAGCAACAGAAAUGCCUACAGUGAGUAGGUAUAUGAGUUUUCGCUCAUCUAAAAGAUUUCAUCUGAACAGCAGCUACCCAGCAGAGAGUGGGGGUGGUGGGCUGCCAACCAAGGUGAAAAAAGGCAAAAGUUUUAGUAAUGGCAGCAUCAAGAAGAAAGUGGAGCCUAGAAAAGCCCUGAGUCUGGAGGAGGCCCAGCUGGAGACCCAGCAGCAGCACAAGACCCUUACAAGGUCACAGACAUUUGAGAUUGAUAGUAGAUCUUUUGAGAGGACUGAGGGCACCAGCUCACAAAGUAGUUUCAUAAAACACAACAAGACAUUCCACAAACUGUUUCCAGACAUUCCAGAGAGUGAGGACUUGAUACAUGCAUACAUCUGUGCCCUGCAGAAGGAAGUGCCCUACCAUGGUCGGCUGUACGUCAGUGACAACCAUGUCUGCUUCUACUCUUCUGUUCUUCUCAAGGACACUAAGGUUGUGAUUCCAGUCUCCAGCAUCCACAUCGUGAAGAAACAGAACAUGGCCUUGCUGGUGCCCAAUGCCCUGUCCAUCCGCACCAUGGAGAGGGACAAGUAUCUGUUUGUCUCCAUGCGCAACCGCGAUGCCUGCUACCAGCUGCUGCGCUCAGUAUGCCCUCAGAUAGAGGAUGGCAGCACCAACAGCAGCCCUGUCUUCUCCUCUGCAGAGAACAGCUUCGACAAACGCAAGCUAGUGAACUCCAGCCAGUCCAGUUUAGAUGACAGUUUUGAGCAGUAUGAUGGUACUGACCCAAGAUCCCUGCUGGACCCGCCUACACACAGGACACAGAGAGACCCGGUGCCUAAUGGAAACAGCUCCUCUUUCAGGAGCCUUCACACACAGCACAGCAGUAGCUCCUCUUCUGAUGACCUGUCAGUAUCAGGUGGCUCAUGGGUGUGGAGUGUGACUGAGAAGGCCAGGUCCCUGCUGGUUCAGAGAGAGGCCACCACCCUCAACACCCUCCUCUUCAUCUACCUGAUUCUAGUUGUGCUGCUCCUGCUUUCUUCGGGCUACAUUGGCCUGCGUAUUGUGGCUCUGGAGGAACAGCUGACAUCCCUGGGUGCUCUCCCAGAGUUCUCCCUCCAGAGCGGGUACCAAGACACAUAACCCUUUUUGGGCUGAAGGAGAGAUUGGUUGACUAAUGAUUGGAGAUUGCAUUUUGGCCACAUUCACACAACGGGAAAUCUCCAGCCCAUUCAGACUGUGCUCCACACGUGGCCCGAUGAGCCUUGAAGGAAGAAGAGCAUCCAACCUGUGCAAUUUCAGAGACAAUUUGCUAACUUGAAGGGCUAUACCGCCUCCUCGUGCAGUAGACAAGGGCAUGCCAAGACAACAAUGCACACACACACAUGCACACACACUGCCUGGUUGCAGCGUGUCUCUGUGAUUCCAACCAAAGCCAGACGGCUCAAACUUGAAGAGAUGCCAUGCUAGCUAAGUUGCAAAACACUUGUCUGACAUGAAACUAUUUUGUGAACUUAUGUUAUUCCUACAUGCUCCUUACAAAUGUUUCCUUAAAAUGCGCUCUUGGCAGGUCUGUACCAGUCAACAUUAGCCUGCUGUAGCACUUUCACAUAGUCCGCCUGAGACACAUGAGAUGUAGUGCUUUACAUAGCCAAAGAUGCAAUGAGUGCACAUCUUUUGCAUGAGCUCACGUAGGUGACUCUUAAAAGCUUUCCUGUUUCCAGUUUACCCACCCAUGUACCAACUGCAGUUUUGCAGGGGCAAAUGCAAAUCUGCGUUUUCAUCUUUCCAGUUUUAUUUGAAUGCUUCUAAUCUUACAAAUGACUCACACAUUGAAAUGAUGGUAGCCUAGUUGACCUGCUCGGAUCAGCUCACAGAGGCAGCCAUGUUGAACUCGGUACUCUCCUGAUGGUCUCAUCCAUUCUCUGUCUGUUUUCCUGAAAUCAUCUUUGAUUGCAGUAUUUAUUUUCCCCGGCAUUCAGCAUGAUUUAAGCCUGUUUAAUGAUCAAUGCUCGGGGGGUUUAAUUUGCCAUCAGUUUUGACUGGAUGUACAUGUCUUCAGUGCACACAUUCUAGUGCACUUGGGAUAUGGGAAGGUCAUCUGGUAGGCACCUUUUUUUUUUUUUCUCUAUGUUGGCUUUUCUAUUACUUUGGGUCUAUGAACGUAGUUUAGAAAUAUGGAUACUUGGUCUGGUUGAGAUGCCCAUCAAUGUGUGGUCCACCAGCAGAAUAGAAACUAUAACAGUGUUUUUCUAAAUCAAAUGAAAGCACACUCUUAUUGUCUUCGACAGUCCCCCCAGGGACCAAGUGGCAUUUCUGCAAGCUUUUAGGAGAUUGAAAAUGGCACCAAUAUUGUUUUUGUACUGUUCAUGCUUUUGUCUAAAACCAUUGACACUCGACUGAUAUAUGCACUCUCAUUCUUAUCAGCUUGAGAGGAAUAUCUUUUUCUUAAGUUAUUAAAUAUCAAAACCACACUGUUACUGUAAGGUCCAAGUUUCAACAGAAAAAUGGUGGUCCAAAACGAUUCAAUAUGCAACAAGUGAUUAUGCAUGGCAAAAAUAAUGUUAUUUGUUAAUAUUUUUUCUUCUGUUUUUAAAUAGUGUUUUUUUUUGUGGGGAGAUAAUUGUGUUGAAGAAGUAGUGAAGGUGAAAGGAACGGCUCAAGCGAGCGAGAGCACUUUUAAAAAAAAAAAGAUGUGUUGUGCCUGUCGCAAUCCAAAGACCAUGUUUGGACUGAGAGAAAGGUGGAACAGGUGUUCUGUGGUAUUUGAUGGUGCUAAGACCAUAAUUUUAUAUCAUUUCACUCAGGGGUGGUGGGCACUAACCUGCCACGUGGUUUUAGGUUCAUGACUCACGACCCGCUCCCUCUUUGUCUUUUCAAUGUCUUGUAAUGGGGGUGGGGUCUACACACUUUGGAGUUUCUUGAUUGUCCCUUGGAGAAAGAAUGCUCUCCACUCCUCCAUUGAGAAUCAUGUGUGACUUCAACUUUUGUCAGUCUUGUUGAUGUAACUAUUUGGCAUAUCAGAAUGCUUUCCCCCCAUUUUCCCCCUCAUGGUUCUUUUUAUAACAACGUCACAAUGCAUAUCAACAGCACCUGUUGUUGACUAAACGUCACUCUUGUUGUUUUAGCGCCACUUGUUUUAACAAGGUGUAGCAUGUGUUGGUGUUACUUCGGCUACACCGUGUUUCAGGGGGGCCAUAUUCAAACGUUAAGCUGAGGUCGUCAACUUGCUUUAAAGCAGUACUGUCAGUUCCUACAAUCCCCCACCAGGGGCAGCACACACAAAUCCACUGGCCUCAAAAGGACUUUUCAAUGCAAGAAUCUCAAUGAUGAGGGCAGUAUUUGUGUGGUUUUGCACUAUUCAAAGUGUUGUAAAUACUUUUUGUAUCAAUUGUUAAUGUCUUUAAUUCUACAAUGUUCAUAUAUAUCUAUAUUUAUUUGCAUUCUGUGUAAUCCAAAGUAGUCUCUGUGAGAUGGCUUUGAUUGUUCAAAAUAAAUCAGCUGUUGAA